ACGCUCGGCCAGAACUCGAUGUGGGUGGCGCGCCUGCUGAUCUCGCUGGUGGAGUUCCAGUCGCGGAACAUCCUGCGCGCCGCCGCGCUCGCCGAGAUCGUGCUGUUCCCCGUCGUCGUGCUCAUGGCGCUGUUCGCAUACUGCAGCCUGCUGACGCCGUUCGUGUACUACUACUUCGUGACGUGGCGUUACGCGUCCCGUCGCAAUCCCUACACGCGCAACACCUUCCACGAGCUGCGAGCGCUCGCCGACCGCACCGCCGCGCGCCAGUCGCUGCCCGCGCCGCUGCGGUCCGCUAUCGCUGCUGCGGUCACGCUCGUCUGCCGCAUGGCGCCGCCGCUUGAAGCCGCUGCUCAGUGAGUGUCCCUAUACACACAGU